UAUAUUUGGCAGUUUUGGGGGUACCGGUGUGAUAUGGUGAAAGAUGGAGAACCUGAAGAGUGGUAUAGUCAGCGACAUAAGCAUCUCAAAACGGUGACGUUUUCGGGAUAUGUGGGGUGGCCAAUUGAACUUGAAUUCGCUAUAUAUAUAUUGAAGAGUGCUGUAAGACUGGAAGAAUUUAUCGUUGAAUCUUGUGAUAGAUAUGAUACAGCCAAGAAAGAGGCUGCUGCAGCUCAUGCGCGGGAGAAAUUUCCACCAUUGUUACGUAAAUUUAAGCCAUUCUUUGUUGUUCAACCGGAAUCGCCUAAUUUGCAUUAUGUGGCGAAGAAGAAAUUAGCUAUUUAGUUUUUUUUUUUCCAAUUUUAUUUACUAGGAAAUUAAAUCUUCCUUGAUGGCUUUCUUUAUUGAUUGUUAUUUAUUAGGCUUGAUAAAUUCAGAUGCAUAAAACUUGGGAAGAAACUUACAUAAUCAUGACUUGAUAAACUUUCAAGUAAGUUUUUAAUCAGCAUAUAUAUCAUUUAAUUUGCCAAAGAAGAUGUAUGUUUCCUCGUUGAUCAUCAAUCCAUCAUUAUCCAUGUCUUCGAAAAUAAAAAUAUUGACAAUAAGAAAUCAAUGGACAAAUAAGUACAGCUAAGUAAAAAAAGUUUAUUUUUUAAUGUAACAUCUAGAGCAGCAGCUGAUGAAAUAAAUAUGGUAAAAGCAGGGGACUUUUUUUCCACAAUUUUCAUUGCUUUUUCAACCUUAAUCCCCUGUUACUGUACAAAUUGUUGUGUUUGGGGUUUGGAUUUGAAGGAAAAUAUAUACCGAAUUAAGAUUAAACGACUGUACGUAGAGAGGGUCGUGAUUUCCUGUGGUGGUGAGAAAGUGACACGACGUUGGUAGUAUGGUGGAGGUGGUGCCCUCUCGUUUUUUCAGACCGACGAUGGUGAUGGUGUAAUCGUUCUAUAAGAGGUGGAUCAACAUUUUCGUCUCCCGUUUCAGACCAAAAGAAGUGGAACAUGGUAAGAAGUUGUUAACGAGAAUUCUUGGAAUUUUUUAGAAACCUUGUAUUUACAACUUUCUAAAAUAUAUAUACCUAGAACUUUAGUUGGAGUUCACUAGAGUCCGUCGACCCUAGUCAAUCAUCACCAUCCGUACAGAGUAGUCAAUCAUCACCAUCCGUGUAGACAAGUGAAGAAGUAUAAAUAUCACCUUAUACUUCACUUCAAAUCAUCCCACACAUUCUCACUUACUCAUCAAUAAUGGAAGACAAUAGUUUUUACGACGAGUUAGCUGCCAGCGCCUUUGAAACCGACGACGAUGAAACUGAAGAUGAGCAAACUGCCGAUGAAGAGGAAACUGAGGAUCAUGAGGAGCCCGACGACGAGGAGCCCGACGACGAUGACGACGAGGAGCCCGACGACGACGAUGAUGAAACCGACGACGAGGAAAUCGAACCGUCCGAUGAGUUUUACAUAGAGAUGGCUAGAAGAAAGCUCGAAUACUUUAGGCAUGCUGUUGGGGAUGAGGACUACAUAGCCACCCUAGAAGAAAAAUAUGAAAAAGAUGAAGAGGAAGCAGCUGAUUUCUUUGAGUCAUUGCCAAAUAUAACUCCGAUUACGAUCACCAAUGACAGGGAAUUGGAUGGUCUUGCGGCCAUCCUGGGCAGAAAAAAAAACUGGAAAGGAACUGUUAUAGUUGUAGGAGAAGUUGGAGGGGAUCUGUGGAAUAGUGUAAUGGUAGUUGUUAGACGAUGGGAUGGUAAAAGAAGGAAUGGAGUGAAAGUGAGGGCCAGACCAUGAGUUAUCCGCUUUAGUAUUUUUUUUUCUUUUUCUUUUUAUUUUUUACUUUUAGAUUAGGAUUUUUUUUCCAUUUUCUUUUUGUUGGUUGGGGUACUCUUUCCUUGUUAGGUCAACCAAGGUUUUAACGGGGCCUCAAUAUUGAUAAAAUAUUUUUUUUGGCCAAAAAGGAUAGUUUUUUUUUUCAUUUCUUAACCUCUCUUGUUGUUUAGAGUAUUGUGUAAUUAAUUUCCAGGAAUAUAAAAAUUAACUAAAAAGAAAAAUAAAUAUUAUAAAUAACAUGACAGAAAGGGUGGCAACCAACAGAAUCAGAAGUAAGGAAUUUCAGAAUUAAAAAUGGAGGCUGAUCUGUAAGUUUAAAUCCACAUUUAUUUAUUUAUUUGUUGUCUGUUAUAUUUUGAAGAUUUGGCAACCGUUGUUUGGGAUGACAUCUUGAGUUGGAUUCACAGCAGAAAAUUUUCUAUAAAUAUCGAAAAGUUUAAUUGAGAAAAAAGGUGGUGCUUUUCUUUUCUGUUGUUUCUGGAGCCAAGGUACUAUAUGUAUAUUAUGUUGUUAAUGAAACCAAUUUUUAAAUGGCUAUAUUUGCUUUUUCUUUCUCUAUUCUUCUAGACAUCUUGAAGAAAUACUGUCAUUAUGCUUUAUCUUGAUACUUAUUUUGAAUUAGCUUAGUCUUUUGUUUAGUAGUACUUGCCAAGUGUUUAGAGUAAUCAAAUACAUGUAGCCUUAAAGAAAACGAGAGACUUAAUAACGUGUCCCUUGUCUUUGCAGUGAUCCAGGGAAGUAUGUGAGAACGUUGCUCCUUUCAGUGUCAACCAUGCUACAUUUGGAGCUCCAUCAUGUCAUGUUUUAUCGAAGAUUGAUUUGAUUGAAAGCUAUGGAAAACUAGUUUUGAGCACUGAUACUUUUUGCAAAUAUUCUUUGAUUCUUAAUUUUUUGCAUAUUUUUUCAUUUGUUUUGCAGCUUUCAACCUUGACUUCUACACUCAUGUACAAGAUUUAAACUAUUUACAGUAUCAUCUUGAAUAUUUUUGAAUUUCGAGUAAAUGAAGUUGUCUGAUUCUUGUUCAAU